GGAUGAAGGAGAGCAGAACACCGAGGGUCAACCGUGUGCGGCAGUACAAGCGGUGCGCUAGUAGUUCGACAGCGUUCGAAGGCAAGAGAGGUACGCGCGCAUUCACGUUCACGUUCGUCAGGUCGUUGAGAGGUCCGGAAAGACGGACCGCGCGAAGGCUUAUAGGAGGGUGAAUCCAGUGUAAAGGCAGGACUGUGCAAGAGUAAGGGAGACAGGGAGUUAAGUGCGGUGACGAUAACGUCGAAGGCCUGUUGCUAAAGGAGAGGGUUGUGUGAGGAAUCCUUUCGGGUGGUUGUUUCACGGACACCGGAGGUUCGAAGAACCUAGGAAGACUCCGGCAGAAGAAACCUCGACCAGGAUACGCAGCGGUGAACGCUGCUGACGAGUUCAGCCUGGUUGUAUGCAAACGGUAACAAGAAAGCAAAAACGGAGAAGGGGGAAAUAUUUACUUUUGCGAAGAGCGGAGAGUGAUUGGCGCGCGAUUAAUUAAGUGAAACCUGUGCGUGGAACGUGGAUUAAGGGGAAGCGCGACAUUAACCUAGAAAAAAAAUAAGUUAGUUUUGCGCACAAAAAGUAAGUCCGCUCCAACAUUGUGAAAGAGAAAAUUGAAAAUUGUGUCGCUGCAAAAAAAUAAAGUUGUCAAAUUGUGUCGUCAGGGUUGGCAACCCGGUCAGGGCGAGUGAAAAUGUGAAAGAUUACCACUUAAUUAUUCCAAUUUGUGCGCGCAACGACAGUGCAUUUGCAUUGCAAAAAAAAAGAAGAAGAAGAAAAAGUUGAAGGAGAAGAAGUGAAAAAGUUAAACAAAAGUAGAUCCAAGUGGUGCGCGCGUGACAACUGCGAUGCGCGAAAUGUGACGACAGUGCAGUGCAACAACAGCAACAACAACACGGGCGACAACAGCAGUGCAACAAAGAACGCCAAUGGAUUUGUUUUGAUGUUUGCCUUUGGCGACGGGUGCUGGCUCAGCGAAACGCGAUCGAACUGAGUGAUCGAGUUUGAUAGGAGUUUCGGUGUUUGAACUGGAAAUGAACGAAUCGUGACGGGAACAACCACAGCGUACACGAAGCAAAAGGAAAUCAAAAGCGUCAAGUGUCAUCGCGGAUGAGAGUUUCGCGCGCGCGAUGAGUGAUGAGUGAAGUGAUUCUCGAUAGAGAAAUGAGUGAUUGAGUGCGAUCCUGCUGUGAUUUGGGGGUUUGACAACAACAAGAAGCAUGAAGCAACGCGGCAAAGGAAGAACAGCGGUGAACCUGUCGGCGGUGUGAAGAAGCAAAACGGAAGAAGUGGGGCUUUGGGGAACCUGUCAGCAUUUGUGGGACACGCAGCUUUGACGCGUGCUACCACAAGUCCCAGUCGGACGUCUGUAUGGAUGCGGGAGGUCUGCCAGUAUUUCCGGGUGCCAAUCAGGCCAAUCACCUGAACAGUCUCCACCUGCAGCAGCAACAACAGCAAGCUCAGCAACACCAUCUGCAGCAGCAGCAACACCAGCAGAAUCAACAGCUGAGCCUGCAGCAGCAACAGCAAAUGCAGCUGAUCAACAGCCAGCAUCUGCAUCUACAGCAACAGCAGCAGGUUCAGCAACAACAGCAAGGGGAACUCAUCCCGGCGAAGCGGCAAGCCGUGUUUGACAGGUUAAAGCGAAGGAUCGAAACUUACAGACGGAGACAGACGGACUGUACGCCGCGGUUUGAGCAGACGUUCAACGCGGUUUGUGAACAGCAGGGCAACGAAACCAGUGCACUGCAGAAGAAACUGUUUGACGCGAAGAAUAAGAGGAAGAAGGCCGAGAAGAAGCAGUCGGAGUUGCCGACGCAGCAGGCGAGUCAGCAGACGACGAUCGCCGGGAAUCUGCAGAGCAGUGUUCAUGUGCAACAAAAAUUCCUGAAAAGACCCGCAGACGACGUCGAUUCCCCGUCCGACUCGUACGAACCGCCGGUCAAGCUCGCGCACAACGGCGGCGGCGGCGGAGGUGGAGGCGGAAGCGGUGCUACGGAAAACCUUACCAAGUUCUCCGUCGAGAUCGUGCAGCAGCUGGAGUUUACGACGUCGGCGGCCAACUCGCAACCGCAGCAGAUCAGCACGAACGUAACCGUAAAAGCCCUCACGAAUGCGUCCGUCAAGAGCGAGGGUCCCAGUCCGGCCCAGCAGCAGCAGCAGCAGCAUGGCGGCGGUGGAAGUGGUGGGGGUGGAGGCGGCGGCGGCGGGCCUGCGCCCUCGCCACACCACCUGCACGACCUUGGCCACAUUGUGGACUUUAAGCAGGAGCCGGAGAACGAGUUUGCCGACCUGUCGGCGGCGCUGGAGAAGGACGCCGCCGCCAACGGGCACUUCCCGGGCCUUUCCGAUCUCAUCGGGGACGACACCAACGACGAAAGCGACACCUUCAAGGAUCUCAUCUCCGACCUGUCCGACUUCCAUUCCGACUUUCUGGACUUUGAGGAGAAGCCACCGAUCUCGGGACCGAACCAGCAGCAGCAGCAGCAAAUGUUGCACGCCCAGCAGCAGAUCGAGGUGAAGCAGGAGACCUGUAUCAAGCAGGAACACCCGAGUCCGGUCGGCGGCAUGCUGGACAACAUGGGCAUCAAGCGGGGCAGUCCCGUGACGCAGCAGCAGCAGCCGCAGUUCCCGAAUGCGUUCAACGAUCCCAGUUUGGGCCCGAAACGGGGUCCGUACGGAAACCCACAGAACGGCCCAAUGGCGGAACUCUCCCCGGCGGCACAAACCCUGAAGCACAUGGCCGAACAGCACCAGCACAAGAAUGCAAUGGGCGGCAUGGGAGGCGUAGGUUUCCCACCGCGAGGACCGCAAGGUCCCCAAGGUCAACGACCCCCUUACGCAGACCAGUUCGGCAACCAGUUCAGCAGCGCCGGUCAGGACUUUAUGGGGGCCAACCCCGCGGGUGGCCCCAACCCGAACCAGUUCCACAAGGGCAACGUGCCGCCCUUCCCGGGGGCUGACCUCAUCAAGCAGGAACUCUACUCCCCGCAGAACGACUUUGAUCUCAAGCCGCAGCUCAACCGGAUACCGGGCGGUCCGCAAAUCCCCGGUGGCCAGAAGAUGGGAUCCGGCUUCGGCAAACCCGUGCAGCAGCAGCAAUACUCGCCGUACGGAUCGCCCGCCGGCGGGGGAAUGCCCAACCACGGCAGCCCGCACGGUCCCGGGUACAUUCCACCGCGGGGUCCCGGACCGGGUGCGGGAGGUGGGGGGAAUGGGGGUAACAACAACGGUGGCAACGGAGGAACCGGUCCCGGCAGCGGAGGAAACGGAGCGGGAAGUAACGGUGUGCCGCCGGGACGGGGUGGUGGUGGUGGUGGGGCAGGGCCCACGGGAGGAAACGUACCGAACGCGCCGCCGACCAUGCUCCAGAUGAAGCAGACCCAGCAGCUGCACAUCAGCCAGCAGGGCCCGGGAGGACACGGAAUACAGGUUUCCGCCGGUCAGCAUUUACACCUGAGCGGUGACCUCAAGACCGGCGUUUCGGUGGCCGCCCAGCAGGGUGUCUUCUUCAGCCAGCAGCAAGCCCAACAACAGCAAGCCAACCAGCAAUCUCAGCAAGCCCAGCCCGGUGGUCCCCAAUCGCAGCAAGCCCCGAACGGAGGUUCCAACUCGCAGCAGCAGCAGCAGCCCAACCAGGGUGGACCCAAUCCGAACCAGGGUGGUGCCAACAACAAUGGCAACAACAAUCCGAACGGAGGUGGUGGCGCUGGCGGCCCAAACAAUCCAAGCAAUCCUCAGCAGCAGCAACCAAAUCAACAAGCACCUGCCAACUCACAAGGUUCCUCGAUGGAAUCCCAGUACACCGUGUCCCAAUCGCAGACGAUCAACUUCACGCAGCAAGCGUUGCGUCAGCGACAACAGCAACAACAACAACAAACCGGUGCCGGUCCCGGCGGAGUCCCGUCCGGCCAUCCAAACCAGGUUCCUCCCCAGGGAGGCGGUGGCGGCGGCCCCGGUCCUCAAAGUCAACCCUCGCAACAACAACCAACGGGACCAAACGGCCCCGGAGGUCCACAGCAGCAGGGUCCACCCCACGGUCCGAUGGGCGGCGGUGGCGGUCCCAAUCCGAACGCUCCGCUCGGCAUGGGCGGCAUGGGAAUGGGUCCGAACGGCGGCUUGAGCGGUCUCAGCUCGAUGGUUUCGAACACGAUGGGUGGCGGCCCCGGUCCCGGAGGUCAAAUGAUGCACAACAGCAUGGGACCGGUUGGACCGGGUCCGGGUGGCCCCAUGAACAUGCGGUACAUGCAGCAACAGCAGAUGAUCCGAGCCCAGGCCAUGCAGCAACAGAUGGCCGUCGGAGGGCGACCUCCUCCACCGGAUUACAAAGCGGCCCAGCAGCAGCAGCAGGCUCAACAGCAGGCCCAGCAACAACAGGGAGUCGGUCCAAAUGGUGGACCAACGGCGGCCAUGUUGGCCCAACAGCAGAUGCUGCACGCGUCAGCCGGAGGUCGGUUUCCGGCGGCGAUGCGGCGAAUAACCCAGCAACCGAUUCCUCCCUCCGGGCCGAUGAUGAGGGCGCAACACGCGGCCUACAUGCAACAGCAGCAGCAACAGCACGGAGGACAUCCGCGAGGGAUGGGCGGUGGCUUUGGCGGGGGUCCGAUGGGACCGGGACCGGUGCAGCGGCCACCGAACGUGCAGGUGGGACCGGAGGGAAUGCCGAUGGGUUCGCAGCAGCAGCAGCAAGAGUGGCGCCACAUGAUGAUGAGCCAGCAGCAGAGUAUGAACUUUGUGGCGGGAGGAGGCGGUGGAGGAAGCAUGCGGCCGGGAGGUGGAUUUGGUGCGGGUCCCGGUGGCCCCGGCGGCGGCGGCAUGGUGAUGCCCAACGGCGGUCCCGGCCUCAACGCCGGCCCAAUGCCCGGUGGCAGCGGCCUGACCCAGCUCCAGAUGCAGCAGCAGGUCAUGAUGCGCCAACAGCAGCAGCAGCAGAACCAGAUGGGCAUGUACCAGGGCCAGGGCGGCCAAAAUCCGAUGCAGCAAAUGUCCAUGAUGCAGCAGCAGCAGGCCAUGAUGGGACAGAUGCAGAUGCAGCAAAACCAGCAGCUUCACAUGAGCCAAAGCCAGUCCAUGUCGCUUCAGCAGCAGCAACAAUCUGUGAUGAACUCGUUCCAGAAUCCGGGACUUGGUCCGGGCGGGGGAGGAGGAGGAGGAGGAGGACCCGGCAAUCCGGGCAAUAAUAGCAGCAACAACAACAACAACAAUAGCAGUAGUAGUGGUGGUGGUGGCAAUCCGCAGGGUGGUCCUAACGGGCAGGGUGGUGCCGGAAGUGGUGGCCAGGGUGGAAGUAACAACAGCAACAACAACAAUUCCGUCAUGCCGAACGCGGACUUUAGUUUGGAGUUUUUGGAGAACCUGCCGGUGGGCGAUCCGAGCCAGUUUAACGCGCAGGAUCUGCUCAGCUCGCUGGACAAUGAGAACUUUAACAUUCAGGACAUUUUGUAAAGAGAUGCAAAGGCCAGAAUUUGCAUGCAUUUAAUUUGUACAUUUUUUUCCCGGUAAGAUGACAAAACGCACCUGAGAGGUUCGUUUCCAAUGCAAGCAAACUUGCACGCAAGUUUGGUCUAGUGCAAGGCACACUGCGAUCGAAGCGAGAUUCAUGAGAGAGAGCGAACGCGUUAUUUAUUAGAAGCAAAUCAAAAUACGAGGACACACAGACAAGAAGACGAAUCAAAAAUCGUGGAAUCGUGGAAGGUUAUUAGAAACCUUUUCUUUGUACAUAAAACACAAACGGUAGUAUUUCUUGCAAAGUAGAUUGUAGUUGGUACUCGUUGAACAAGCCUAGCGGAUAAUUUUUACACAAAACUUAACCAACUUGAAAGAGAGGGGGGAAAACAACAACAUUUUUUCGUUGUACGUUACUAUUAAUUUAUUACAUAAAUAAAAGAAGAAAAAACACAAAGAAAAACGAAAGUGAACAAAUAAUUACGAAAAUGAAUAUACAAAUAAUGCAACUUGCAUCUAUAUUAUAUACAAAAUUAUAAUUGAAGUAAUCAGAAAUAAGAAAAAUAAAACAAAGCGAAGCGUUUGUCGAAAAACACACUUAAACUCUCUAUCGUUUUAAUUUGAACAAGUUAAUUUUAGCAUUUUUUGUUUGUAAGUAGCCGAUUGAGCAAAACAGACACAAUUUUUUGUUUACAAAGUAAUAGCAGGAAAACGACAUUCCUUUUACCGCCAUUUUUAAUUUAUCAACUGAAAAAAAGCAAAAUACAAAAUGGAAUCGCAAACAUUUACUUUAGCAAACAUUCUAAAAGUUGGCAUUAAAUAGUGAAACAAACUGUGUAUACAAAACAUAUAAAACAAAAACUAAAUACAUGAAUAAAAAAAAACACAUGGACAAAAAAUAAGAAACUCUAGCUGAUAAGUAAGUAAAACAAAAAAAAA